UUGAUAGUAUUAUUGGCGCUCUUUCUUGUUUACGGCAUUUCAUUUUUUGCUAAAAUUGGCAAACCUAACUUAGUAACCCGUAAUAAACAACAGAAAAGCUAUGGAUGCCUUUGAUCCUCGUUCAAUUAUUAACGGCGGCAUGCUGAAACAGUUUUCCGGACAAACCAUUAGCAUAAUGGUUUGCGUAGAUAGCGUGGCUGGAUCCACUUUGCUGGCUACUUCUACGGAUAACCAUAAGCUGAAGAUCAAUUUGCCGGGAGAAUUAAGUGCCACCGAUGGUGCUUGGGUGGAGGUCAUUGGAGUGCCCCAUGGUACAGACACCAUCAGGGCCAAGGAGGUCAUUGAAUUCGGCGGCGAGAAAAUCGACUUUGAUAAGGAUGGCUAUAAUGGGCUGAGCCACUUGAUCAACAAUGUGAAGGCUUUCUAUCGCAGCGGCUAAGAUUUAGUUUCAUACUUAGACAUAAGAACUAUUUGUAGAUUAUUCGAAACUCUCCUUAAUUUUGUUAUUAUACAUUUUAAAAUCAGGAUGCGUUAAAUUUUUAGCAUGCAUAUUGAAUCUACUGCAUGUGUGUCUUUUAUGUAUUUGUCUCAGGACAUGAAUAAAGAAAAACCGAUUAAAAAAGA